AUGGCGGCGUCCGCAAGCACGGGAGCUGCUCGUGGUGGCGGCUGCCCGGGGCGCCAGGUCCGCGUGAAGCGUAGCGGCGGGCGCCGCGGUCCCGGCGGCGGCGGGGAGGGCGCCCUGAAGCGGCUUAAGGUGGCCGUGAAGGUCUUCGUGCGGGCCACUUCGGAAGGCGAGGCCCCCGGGGACUGCGCGGGGCGCGGCGGCGGGGCGCGCUCCCGACCAGGCGGGAGGAAGAGCCGCAAGGAGCUGCGCAAGGAAAAGCGACACCUGAGGAAAGCGCGCCGCCUGCAGAGGACGGCAGGCCCGGGGCCGGAGAGUGAGGAGGGCAGCGCCCGCCCGCCGCCCGCCGCCGGGGCCCCCAAGGCCAAGGCCCCCCAGGCUACUGCGGAGGGUCCCCUGGCCCACGUCAAAGCCAAGGCCGCGGCGCCCCGGGGCACAGCCCAGGAUCCCCCACCCCACAUCACGGCCAAGGCCCAGGCUCCCCCCGGGAGAACCAAACCUUCCGCCGCCGCGGCAGCCGCACGGAAACGGGCCCUUCUGGCGGCCAACCAGGAGGAGGCCCGAGAGAUCCGGAAGCUGGAGCGGUGCCUCGGCCUGAACAAGCGCAAGAAGAAGGAUGACGGCCCCACGGUGCCGCUCAGCUUCGCGCGCGACGGGCUGGACUACAUCCUGGGAGCGCUGGAGCCCGGGCGGGCCGGCGGCUUGUACGACAGCAGCGGGGAGGACGAGGACCAGGGCCAGGACCAGGAGGAGGGGCAGACCCUCCCCGAGAGGGACCCAGACAGCAGCGGGGAUGAGGAGCAGGGAGCCGGACAGACCCUCCCCGAGAGGGACCUGGAGAGCGGUUCCGAGCUCGACAGGGAGGAGGAUGCAGGUGCUGGGGCGCAGCCCAGGGACGAGGACGUGGACCCCGAAAGCAGGGAAGAAGCGGAAGGCGGGGCGCGGGAGAAUAGGGGCCGGAAGAGAGUCCGUUUUGCAGCAGACGAAGAAAGACGUCAGAGUUCUUCGGAAGGCGACGACACAAAACAUCAGGAGAAACACUUGUGAAAGUCGUGAAAAGUAUGUCCCACCCCAGUGAGGCAGUUGGAGGGGACAGUGGAUGUCCACAAGCAGGAAGAACUGGAAAGGCUGAAGAAACAUGUCAAAGGUCUCAUUAACAGGCUCAGUGAGCCAAACAUGGCGUCCAUCAGUGGGCAGCUGGAGGAGCUGUACAUGACCCACAGCAGGAAGGACAUGAACGACACCCUGACUGCUGCUCUCAUGGGUGCCUGCGUCACUGCCUCGGCCAUGCCCAGCAGACUCAUGAUGGAGCAUGUCCUCUUAGUCAGUAUCCUUCACCACACUGUUGGAAUUGAGGUUGGUGCUUGCUUUCUGGAGGCAGUGGUGAGGAAGUUUGACGAUGUCUAUAAAAGUGGAGGAGAGGGGAAAGAAUGUGACAACCUGUUCACCAUUGUUGCCCACUUGUACAACUUCCACGUGGUACAGUCUCUCCUCGUCUUUGACAUUUUGAAGAAGCUUAUUGGAACUUUCACAGAAAAAGACAUCGAGCUGAUCCUGUUAAUGCUGAAAAAUGUGGGCUCAGCGUUGAGGAAAGAUGAUCCCUUGUCACUUAAGGAGCUGAUUACAGAGGCCCAGGCCAAGGCCAGUGGGGCAGGCAGCAGGCUUCAGGACCAGACCAGGAUACGGUUUAUGCUGGAGACAAUGCUGGCGCUGAAGAAUAAUGACAUGCGCAAAAUUCCAGGUUAUGAUCCUGAGCCUGUGGAGAAACUGAGGAAAUUACAGAGAGCUCUGGUACGGAGUGCUGUCUCAGGUUCCGAUACUCAGCUUCGUGUCUCCUGGGAUGGUGUCUUGAACGCGGAUCAGACUGGUCGCUGGUGGAUUGUGGGGUCUGCAUGGAGUGGGACCCCAAUGAUUGACAACAGUCAUCAUGCACUCCUGCAGAAACCACUUGCAGGGAUGGUUAGCUCAAAGAUGCUGGAGCUUGCCCGGAAGCAGAGAAUGAACACCGACAUCAGGAGGAAUAUAUUCUGUACGAUCAUGAUGAGCGAGGACUUCCUGGAUGCUUUUGAAAAGCUGCUCAAGCUUGGGCUGAAGGAUCAGCAGGAGAGAGAAGUAGUCCAUGUCCUCGUGGAUUGCUGCCUGCAGGAGAAAACCUACAACCCUUUCUAUGCCUUCUUGGCCAGCAAGUUCUGCAGUUAUGAGAGGCGGUUUCAGAUGACUUUCCAGUUCAGCAUAUGGGACAAGUUUCGGGACUUAGAAAAUUUGCCAGCCACUAAUUUUUCGAAUUUGGUUCACCUGGUGGCACACUUGUUGAAGACAAAAUCGCUUCCACUAUCCAUCUUAAAGGUAGUUGAAUUCAGUGAACUGGAUAAACCCAGAGUCCACUUCUUGCGGAAAGUGUUAACUAUGCUGUUAGUAGAAACAGAAGUUGAAGACCUGGCUUUGAUUUUUGCCAGAGUAUCUGACAACCCAAAGCUGGGGGUGCUGCGAGAAGGCCUGAAGCUCUUCAUCACCCACUUCCUGCUGAAGCCCACACAGGCCCCCCAGAGCGCUGAGCAAGUCAGCAUGCUGAGAGAGAGGGCCAGCCUCGCAGCAAAGGCUCUGCAGGGAAAGACAGCUCUCAGGAUGUAGAGGGGGCCUUGUGAACACAGAGGCCUGUCCUGCCAUCAUAGGGUUUUAUCAGUCUGUCACAUUUUAGAUGGUAUAUUUUGAGUUAAAUUAUAUUGUGUAUACUACAGAUAACUCAAUUUGGUAUCGGGUGCAGGAAGGACAAGGGGAGGGGCAGCACUGGGCAGUGUACUCCCUGAGCCCCUUGUUAAUAGCCUUCAUUCUUUUCAUAAGAUUAUAGGCCACUAGAGGGCAGUGGUCAUAAAUCCAUGUUUUUAUCUUUUUAAAUACUGGUUCAAAGUUUAAAAACCAUCAGUUAACUGUGACAUCUGAUGUCUGAUGAAUUACUCUAACAUUUGCACUGCAGUUGGAUUUUGGACAGGUCAUUUAACAGCCUUGUGAAUGUCUAUUCUCUUACCAGUGUGCUGUAAGUAGAAAGUUUUCACCAUCACUUGCCUGACAUUUUGGGUGGUAGUGGAUAGUCUAUCUACUUUAUAGUGUCUCCCACUCAGUGAUUCCACAUUGCUUAUGAGUGGUUUGGUUUGGUUUCAUUUGCAGUAAGCUGUAGGGUCUUACUGUGCAGGCUGGCCUGCCUGGAACUGAGAUCCUCCUGCUUUGGACUCUGUAGUCUCUAGUGAUGGGAUUACAGGUAUGGCCACCAUGUUUGGCAAUGAAUGUGUUUCAUUAAACAACUCUGAAGUCACCAAAUUGGUAUUGAACACUCAGUGGGAGCAGCUUGCUCGCUGGGUUCUAGAAGGUGUGAACAUGAAUAAAACAUAGCUAGUUUCUGUAACCCCAACACUCAGGAGGCUGAGGCAAGAGGAUCAUGAGUCCCAGGCAAGUCUGGGCAACAAAGCCAGACCCUGUCUCAAAUUAAAAAAAUAAAAAUUAACAAAAAAAGAGGGCUGGGGAUGUAGCUCAGUGGUCACCUAGCAUGAGCAAGGCCCUGGGUUCCAUUUCCUGUACCACAAUAAAAAAAGUUAACCGUAUGCAAGAAAUUAACACAUACUGGAGAGACAAACAUAUGCUAAGUACAGAAAACAGAUCCUGUGAGGAAGAGAAAUGUCUGCAGCUACCACACAUGCACAGGUUUUCAAAGUUUCACAGCCCUUAAAACUUCUCUCUCAAAUGCUGCAGACUUGUCCUUACCCUCAGUUGUUGAAAAAAGCCACUAAGGCGUAAGUAUAGAAGACAAAUGUCAGAAUCCUUUGCCUAGCAGACUGCUGUCCUCUGCAGUGUUGUCAUCGUGGGCAGAUGGGCCCAGGCUCUGGGGAUGUGGCUCCUGUGCAAAACAUCCCUUUUGUUACACUUUGAAAUAACAUCUAAGUGUGGCACUGUGGUGACUAGUGUUAGAUCACCAUGCAAAGGCAUGAGAUUGCUACAUACCCUAAACUGAAGGUUGUAAGUUUCGUAAUGGGCAGGCUUCAUGUAAAACAUCAGUGCUCAGCCCUAAUUCUGAACUCAUUCUACCUGCGGCCUAAGAAAAACCCUGUGUCUUCUACCACGUUCUGAACUUACAUGGCACAGAAGAUGGUGGGAGUUCAGAGUGCAGUAAGUGAAAGCCUUCAUUUCAUUACUGGGCUUUCUCAGAGUGUCUUUCCUAGGAGCUUCUCAGUGCAGCCACAGAGGGCAGAGGAGCUCCAGCUGGAAUGUGACAGCAAAAUGGUCCCCUCAGGGAGGCAAGUGCUCCAUGACACAGUGUGUGGAUUGUGCUGACCUCACUGGGGAGGAGUUCCUUUGGGUUGCAGCAGCUAGGAUCAGGAGAGACUAGUGCAAUGGCACCGUGUAGCCUCAGAUGACCUUCAGUCUCCUUACUUGAGAUGCAGGUGUGGCUAGAUUCAUUUUCCCACUUUUAUAUUGUCUUGUGUUAUCAAGACAAAAAUGACUGUACUUGCCAUGUGACUUAACUAUUAUCUAAGUUUGCAUUUAUUACAUGGCAGGUUGUUCAUAAAUGUGUGCAUUUCUUAACAAUAAAAUGUGGGUUAUCACACAGUAGUAACUGUACUUCAGUAUAAAUGGUAAAUACAUCCUGACUAAAAGCUACUGUGAACCUAAAUGUAUAGGUUUGGGGGCUGGGGAUGUAGCUCAGUGUUAGGGCACUUGCCUAAUGUGGUUUUCAUUUCCAGAACUGCAAAAAAUCCAUGUGUGUGUUUAAAGUGUAUUAUAAAAGCAUUGGAAAUUCUGCAAGGAACUUAGUCAAUGCUUUGUGUGUCUGUGUGUCUAUGGACUUUUGCAUUGCAGGAUGAGAACUGCUAACAGACAGCAUCACU